AUGCCAAAGUCGUCUCCCAACCUUGAAGAGAGGCUAGCGAAGAUCGAUAUCGGGUUGGGAAACAAUCUGCAAUUACGAAAACCAACUCCAUUUCUGACUCCUAUAGCUCGACGAUCACCAAAGAAAAAACUACCACCGUAUACACAACCUCAUGUUACACCAGCACGUCAACUAACCCCUUCCAAAGAACCAUUUCUCUCCACAGCCAAGCGUGCUGAAGCCAGAAGUACAUCAGGUCGAAGCAAGAAUGCUUCACUUGCACCAUUGACACCUAGCAAGCCUGGGUCUGCCAAUACUCCAUCCAGACCCACUAUGAAGGUAUCUGAAACGGGACAUACUCCAGGAGAGAAAACCAAACAGAACGAGGAUUUUCAUCUGUUUUCUUUCAUGAAAGAAACUUCGUCCUCUGCAAUGAAAAGAAACGUAUUAUCCACUUCCAAUGCAUUCAAAGCUUCGCAAACCUUCAAAUCAGCAUCGCCUACCCCAUCUAUGGAAACGAAACCACAGCUACAAGUCCAGCAUAAGAAACGAAUACCGUUUGGAGCCAGGCGCUCGCAGGACUCACGACUUCGCAAAAGAGUAGUUUCUGGAAAACUGAUGCCGCCUGCGGAUAUCACCAAUUACCACAUUCCAGUGCCAACCUCCAAAUUCAGCAUCAAUCUGCCAAUGGAAACUACCAAAGUCUCUUUCACGAGAGACAGCACACAACAGCAUAAACUUCCACGAACGUUGCCCAGAUCUCGUUCUUCAUCGACCCCUUUGAAGCUGUAUAUUCCCAGAUCCUCCUCAAGGCACUCAUCCAUUCCCGAUCAGACUUCCCUACCGAAACCAAAACUCAAAGAUCUAACAGAACUAUACCACAAUAUCUACCAUAAGAAUCCCCAAUUGUUUGCUGCCAGCGAUGAGCCUGAGUAUACAGAGCAAGCACCUCUUCAGGUCCAAACGAUUGCUGCGGAAUUGGGAAUCUAUGAGAAAGGCGAGAUAUUGAGGCAGAGUUCUGUCUACUAUAUUGCACCAACCUCAAAAGAAAAGCAGUUCAAUAUUCGCAAUGGAAAAGAGAACUUUGGGUUUGAUGAUAAACAGGGUAAUUAUAACCUUCAUGAAGGUGAUCAUAUCAAUUACCGAUACGAAGUCGGCAAGGUGUUGGGAACAGGCUCGUUUGGUAAUGUGGUGCUAUGCAAAGAUCACAAAUAUGCCGGCAAGGCUCCUAAACAAGUUGCCAUCAAGGUCAUAAAAAACAGCCUCGAAUGGACUUUGCAGGCAGUUUGUGAGAUUAAAAUCUUGAAAAACUUGAACAAAAACAAACCUUCCGAUAACAUACUCCAAUACUUUGACCACUUCCACUUCAGGGGCCACAUGUGUAUCGUCAGUGAAAUUCUUUCGCUCAACUUGUUUUCUUUACUAGAAAUGAUCAAUUUUGCAGGAAUGUCGCUUGAUCUUGUCAGCAUGAUUUCACUGAAGAUCGCCAGUGGUUUGGCUUUCAUCCAUCUGCAGAAAAUCAUUCAUUGUGAUAUCAAGCCCGAGAACAUCAUGAUGAAGCUACCAUUCGAUUUUGACCCUGAUCGCCCAGUUACAAAAGAUGAUCUUUGCGUAAAGAUCAUUGAUUUUGGCUCUUCAUGCUACCAUAAUGAAGUAUCGCAUACCUACAUACAAUCGCGUUAUUAUCGGGCCCCAGAAGUGAUCAUGGGGGCUGAAUAUUCUACCCUGAUUGAUCUCUGGUCGUUUGGUUGUGUUGCAGUUGAGCUUUAUACUGGAGCACCACUCUUUCUGGGAAAGAACGAGUUGGAACAAUUUGCAUUGAUUGUAGAGACGUUGGGAACCCCGGGUAGGAAAUAUAUCCAGCAAUUGCAAGUGGUUGCAAAAAAAAAGCAUAGCAACCGACGUCCAACGAGUACCCUUGCUAGCGACUCUACAAUCUCCAAGAGCUUGCUCUUCACCUUGUUUGAUACAGAUGGAAGAUUGAAUCUACAAUUUCUUAACAUGAGGCUCCAAGUGGCUGCAAAUAACCAUGGUGUUAAGAAGAAUGUUCGACCUAGUUCAAAGAAUUUGGAUGUCCAAUUGAAGCUCAAUUCCACUACAGAAAGAAGGCAAGCACACCAUUUUAUAAAAUUCUUGAAACGAAUCUUCAACUGGGAUCCAAAAGAACGAGCAGAUGCCAAUCAGUUGGUUGAAGACGACUUCUUACAAUUGCAUCAAAGGAUAUAG